UAAAAAUUAAUGAGUCACCACUACACUACACUACACUGCAGUGCCUGGGAAAGUUUCUCUGCUCAUGCGUGUUACCUCUGAGAAAAAUAAAAGCGAGAAAAAGCUAUGGGCCACAGCACCUAACACAACACAAUCGUCUCUGAAUUAUUCCCUUGAUUCUCAAAUUCCGCUCCCUCUUAUUUCUUUAUAAUUGAUCGCAGCUCCUUUCCGGAUUUUUUUUUCUCUUUCUUUUUUAGUUUCGUCUUGGUUCAGUCACCAUGAGUUCCCUCGAGUGUUAUUCGUCGCGCGGGGACGAUGUCGCCAUCGUGUCGCUGGAUUCUCUACCGUUAGGGUUCCGAUUCAGACCUUCCGACGAGGAACUCGUCGAUUACUACCUGCGGCAGAAGAUUAACGGCAAUGGUGCCGAGGUUUGGGUUAUCCGAGAAAUUGAUGUCUGCAAAUGGGAGCCGUGGGACAUGCCUGAUUUGUCGGUGAUACGGAACAAGGAUCCGGAAUGGUUCUUCUUCUGUCCACAGGACAGAAAGUACCCAAAUGGGCAUCGAUUGAACAGAGCAACUAGUCAUGGGUAUUGGAAGGCGACCGGGAAGGAUCGUAAAAUAAAGUCUGGGAUGAUUUUGAUUGGAAUGAAGAAGACUUUGGUGUUCUACACUGGUCGUGCACCCAAAGGGAAGAGGACCAAUUGGGUUAUGCAUGAGUAUCGCCCCACCUUGAAGGAGCUUGAUGGCACCAAUCCUGGACAGAAUGCAUAUGUCCUUUGUCGCUUGUUUAAAAAACAUGAUGAGAGCCUUGAAGUUUCGCACUGUGAUGAGGCAGAACAGAUUCCUUCAACUCCGAUUGCUGCCAAUUACUCUACGGAGGAAAUACAGUCGGGUCUGGGUGUUGUUGCAUUGUCCCCAUCCCUUGUUACAGAAGACGAUAAGCACCAGACAAUUGUCCCUACGCACUCUGAGGAAGCAAUAUCCAACGUUAUAACUCCGGUUGAUUGCCAUAGUGAUGGAUAUGAUGCUUCUGAUGCACAAGAUAAAUAUUUGGCACCAGCUGCAGAGGAGUUUCAGCCAUGGAACGUUGAUAUGUAUUACGACCCGAAAAACGAGCUCUUGGAUGACAAGUUAUUCUCCCCUGAACUUGCACUUGUUCAACCAGAAUUUCAUUAUCAACCAAACAGUGAAUCAGAUAGUCGGUAUGGGCUUCAAUAUGGCACUAAUGAGACAAACAUUUCAGACUUUUUAAAUUCUGUUGUUAACUGGGACGAACUACCCUACGAGGAGUCCAAUUGUCAACAGCGGACCUACCCCUCGUUUAAUGUUCAGAAUAGCGCAUUAGGCAGCGAUAUAGAUUCUGAACUUGCCAAUAUAAUAUAUAUGCAAGCUGGUUACGCUGAGGAGGCAAACGACAGAAAGAUUCCUUUGGUGAUAGCUCCAGAAUUUUGCAGCACCACUGGCAUCCCCAUUGCCCGUGGUGGUGAUGAGCAGAAGAGCAAUGUUGAGUUAUUUCAAAGCAUUUCCCAGAGAGAUUUUCCUGAUGUCAAUAUGGGCCAAGUAUACAAUGUAGUCCAUGAUUAUCCGCCACCCAGAAUCUAUAAUACCGUUCCUAGUGGGGAUACCGGAAUCAUUAGAAGGACUAGAGUGGUUCAAACUGAAAAGCUAAGUGCAAACGUAACACAGGGUACAGCACAGAGGAGAAUUCGUUUGGCGCAGAAGGCGCAAAAUAAGAUGGUGAAAAAAGAGCUUGAUUCAAAACCAAUCAUCGCUGUGGAGGAGAAAGCUUCAGAAAACCAUGUUUCGGAUGGAAGUGCUACGCUUACUAAUGAUGGGAAUGAACUGCAGAAGACACCAGAGGCAAAUGGCAAUAGAAAGAUUUCUCGUCAAGUUGCAAAAGCAAGUUCUACCUUUGGGUUGAAAGAUUUUUUAUUGCUCAGAAGAGUGCCAUACAUUUCAAAGGCUGCCUCCAAUCGUACCAAGUGCUCUUCUAUUUUUGUAGUUUCUGCCUUUCUAAUGGUCUCAUUAGUGGUCUUUACUGACAUCUGCGGAUAUCUUAAAUUCUAAACUGCUAGGAGAUCAUUCGUUUGUUUUUGUUUUUGCCUCUAUAUCUUUUUUGUGCCAAUUAAGUAGAGGCGUGUAGGGUCUGCUUAGAGUUGUUGAUAGUUGAAUAUAUAUGCGAGUGCACAUGUAGUUGGUUGGUGUAUUAUAUGUAUACUCACAGGUUGGCUAGUUUGUAGACUCUUGAUGUACAUUGGAAGUGCAGUUCCUCCCCCCAA